CUGGCACUGUUUGAAUCGGUGGGAGAGAGAGCAGGGAAGAGACGGGGGCGAGUACAUCGAAGACGAUGGCCUGCCAUGUCGCCGCCGACGAGCCACCCGCCAUCCCCACCAUACAGGAGCUUCGCGCGCACGACAAGCCACCCACCAUCCCCACCGUACAGGAGCUUUCGCGCGCCCGACAAACCCCCCGCCAUCUGUACCGUCGACGAGCUCCGUGCGGGCGACGCGCCCUCCGCCAUCAGCAGGCCCCCGAUCUCUGCGCCGCCGAGCGAACCAACCACCAAUUUUUUUUGUUCCAUCAAGAAAGAAACAAGCAAAAUUAUGCUGAUAUUCGGAUGGGGUUCAGAAGAAGCAUAUCACACAGAAGGAUCUUGAAAGGAAGAUUCAGAAAACCCACCCUGGCAUAUCUCAACCGCGAGAUCAAAAUACAAAUCAACGGCGUCCGCGACGGGUCUGAAGAAUGCUUCUCAACAGAUGUCUGUAGGAAAGUGUUUCCCAAUUAUGAUUCAGCUUCCCAGUCUAGUUUCUCACUCUAUGCAGCCUUUUUUUAUAUUUUUUGAGAUGAAACUCCAUGUAGGCGCCCGUUAACGAGUCAUUAAUGGGCGCCUGCAAUGCAUACCACUUCCCGCCAGCUGGGCCGGCCCUUUUUUUUUUCUUCUCAUUUGUUAAAUCGCAAAAUCAAUGCGCUCCUGGUUUUUUUAGGGGUACAAUGCGCUCCUGGUGAAUCAAACUAGAGACCUCCCUCGUGUUACCACGCUACAUUUACCAACCCACCACCCAGCCGGGUCUGGUAAGAAGCAACAUUUCCCUUCUUUUAUUCUUUCCUUCUUUUUCUUUUUUCCUUUCCUUUUUAAAUUUUGAUGUACUUUUUUCAAAUUUGAUGACUUUCUUUUCUAUUUUGAUGAACUUUUUCUUAAAUCCGCUGAAUUUUUUCCAGAUUCGAUGAACUUUCUUAAGUAGUGGGCGCUGCAAUCAAACACUAGUAGGCGAAUUGUCUAGCAGUGUGCAUUAUCUCACGCGAAAGGUGUGGCCUGAAUUCGACUCCCCGUGACGCACGUUUUUUUUUGGUGAUUUUCGCCCACUAGUUCUUCUGUGAGCGCCAGUUCUCUUCGGGAGCGCUUAGGGUGUGUUUGGUUGAGGAACCAAGUGGAAUGAAAUGUAAUGGUUACAUUUCACUGGAAUGGAACGGUUCCGUUCUUGUGUUUGGUGGAGAUAACGAGAUGGAAUGGAAUGGUUCCGUCUUAGUGUUUGGUUGAGCAGAUAAAAUAUUAGAAUGUGAUGAAUUUAAUUCAAAUUACUUGUAUAGGAAUGGUGAUGUUUCCAAUAGCAUAUGUAUAAAAUUUUCACAUCAC